AUGUCUCCAAAAGGUACCAAGCUUCCCACUAACUCCUCCAUCCCAGCAAAACCCUUAAGCCACUCCUACAAGGAAGCUAGCACCAGCCGGUGGCAACUGCUAGCUCUCUUCCAGUCAUUCUUAGAGGACAGACCGGCCGAUACCAUGCUCGCCGUUCAAGAACGACGUCUUCUCGUUUCCUGGGAUCUCAAGGCUUUGCAUUACUUGAGGAGAUGCUUGAGGACAUGGAUUCUGGAUCAGGUCCCAGGUGACGCGAUCGGUGCAUUCCUCGUGACUGUCUUGUAUGAACAAGACUUUCAUCUGGAUUACCGACUGACCAUGAUGGUGAGGGAAGGACAAUCCCAGCUACACAUUGCCCGUCGUUUAUUGGCAUUCUAUCAAAUCCGAGACCAAGCAGGUGCUCCGAUCUGGGAUAAUGUGGCCGUUUAUGCCGAAAACGCUCACUGGAAGCCACCAGGUCAGGGUAAGAGUGUUUCUGGACGCUUCGAUGCCACGAAGGAGCUUCCACCUCUUAUCCCUACACUGCCGCCUGCUGAUGCAAGAUGGCCCCUGUUCCUGGGUGCCUUGAGCGACCCUGAGCUUGAAGACCUCAUGGACAAGCUAGGAGACGAGGGCCAGCAUGAAGAGGAAGAUCUCCCUCCAUUGUUCACAGGUGUGCGUGAGGAAGAUAUUCCUAUCAUCCAGGCGUUCCGUAGAUUCAAUCUUCACAAGAAUGAUUUCUCCCAAGACAUUCCUCUGCCUGUAUCUGGGACCGAUCGCAUUGAAUAUACUUCGAAGCAGACUAACAUAUUACAGGACAAGCCUCUCCCUCCCAUUCCUAUGAAGAAGCCUCUCCCAAUCCUACCCAUUAACAAGCCUCUUCCCCAUAAUUUCCUCCCCCUUCCCCCCCUUUCACGUCCCUCAAGCCCAAAUCCCUCAUCUGUGCGUGUGUCUACAUUCAAAUCAGAGAAGAAGCCUAAAAUUCAACGGGUAGACUAUAUAGCAGGAGAACAUGCCAACAUUGAACAGAGAAAGGGUAAGAAUGACCUGCGUUCGUCUGCGACAUCUCGCCUAAGGCCGACGCCUCGUGUUAACGUCAACCAAUACGCUCCUCAUCCUCCAGGCAUCACUUGUAUUCCCUGUCAUUUAAAUUGUAAUGCCCCCCCGCCCCUUCCUAAGCUUAAAAAGAAAGCGGGAAUCGAAGACUUGCGCAAGGCUCGAGAGUGCGGUGGUUGA